AUGUCAGAAAUAGUUCAGGCACUUGUUAUUGAUAUUGGAUCUGGAGUUGUGAAAUCAGGAUUUGCAGGAGACGAUGCACCAAGAGCUGUAUUCCCUAGUAUAGUGGGAUUUCCCAGGCACAAGGGAGUGAUGGUUGGAAUGGGGCAGAAGGAUGCAUAUGUUGGAGAUGAGGCACAAACAAAGAGAGGAAUCCUGCACAUAAAAUACCCCAUUGAACAUGGAAUUGUAAGCAAUUGGGAUGAUAUGGAGAAGAUAUGGCACCAUACUUUCUACAAUGAACUAAGGGUUGCACCUGAGGAACACCCUGUGCUUCUUACCGAGGCUCCUCUGAACCCAAAGGCCAACAGAGAAAAGAUAACCCAAAUUAUGUUUGAAACCUUCAAUGUACCAUCCUUUUAUAUCUCUAUCCAGGCUGUUCUGUCUCUUUAUGCAAGCGGAAGGACAACGGGAAUAGUGUUCGAUUCAGGAGAUGGAGUGUCUCAUGUUGUGCCCAUCUACGAGGGAUAUUCUCUUCCUUAUGCAAUCAACAGGAUUGAUCUUGCAGGCCGAGAUCUUACAGAAUACUUGCAGGUGAUCCUUACCGAAGGAGGAAAUACUUUUACGACAACAGCCGAAAGAGAAAUUGUUAGGGACAUCAAGGAGAAGCUCUGCUAUGUGUCAUUGAAUUACGAAGAGGACAUGAGGAACACCGAACACCUUGCUUCAAUCACAAAGACCUACGAACUUCCCGAUGGACAGGUGAUCUCUAUAGGUAACGAGAGGUUCCGAGCACCCGAACUAUUGUUCCAGCCUAAGCUCCGUGGUCUUGAGCUGAAGGGAGUCCACCAGAACAUCUACGAUUCCAUCAUGAAAUGUGAUGUCGACAUCAGAAAGGAGCUCUAUGGAAAUAUUGUUCUUUCCGGCGGUACUACCAUGUAUCCAGGACUUGCUGAGAGAAUCCUUAACGAAAUCAAGGCACUAGCACCUCCAGUAAUUAAGAUUGGGGUAGUAGCACCCCCAGAGAGGAAAUAUAGCGUAUGGAUUGGAGGAUCUAUCCUGGCAUCUCUUUCAACCUUCCAACAGAUGUGGGUUUCUAAGGCUGAGUACCAGGAGCAUGGGCCAUCCAUCGUUCAUAGGAAGUGCUUCUAA